AUGGACGGCGGCGUGUCCGGGAGGAAGGACCCGUUCCCCGGGCCGGCGCCGGUGCCGCGUCCCAGAGUGAAGCGGUUCCUGCGGGGCGCGGAGGAGAAAGAGCCCCGCGCCGUCGCCCCCCGGCUCCGCUGGCACCUGAAAAAUUUGGAAAAUCGGGAAAAUUCGGCGGCGGAAAAGGCGGCGAGAUGGGAACCGCUCCUGCCCGAGGAACCGGGGUUCCUGGAGGCAGAUCCGGGCCAGGACAGCUGCAGGAUCUCACAGCAGGAAAUCGCCGAGGCCGUGGACAUCAGCAGUGCCUGCAAGCACUUUGAGCUGCGCCUGGAGCAGUUCGGGCCCUACCGGUUGGAUUACACCCGCAACGGCAGGCACCUGUUACUGGGAGGGCUCCGUGGUCACGUGGCCGCCCUGGACUGGGCCCAGCGGCGCCUCCUGUGCGAGUUCAGCACCAUGGAACCAGUGCGGGACCUCUGCUGGCUGCACUGCGAGUCGCUGCUGGCGGUGGCGCAGCGCCGCUUCCUCCACGUCUACGACAGCCAGGGCCUGGAGCUGCAGGCUCUGCCCGCGUUCCGGGGAAUUCUGCACCUGCAAUUCCUGCCCUACCACUUCCUGCUCGCCGCCGUGAGCGACCGGGGUCUGCUCCAUUUCCUCGACGUCUCCGUUGGCCGCGAGGUCUCCACGCUCCGGAGCCGUAACGGCCGCGCCUCCGCCUCGGCCCAGAACCCGGCCAGCGCCGUCCUGCACCUGGGACACGCCAACGGCUCCGUGUCCCUGUGGGCUCCCGGCGUCUCCGAGCCCGUGGGGCGGCUCCUCGCUCACCGCGGCUCCGUGCGCGGCCUCGCCGUCGACGCCUCCGGAAGGCUCAUGGCCACGUCGGGGCUGGACAAGAAAAUCCGAAUUUUCGACCUGAGGAAUUUUGGGAUUCUCCAGGAAUGGGGGAACCCCCUGGGAGCCUCCGGGCUCAGCUUCAGCCAGAGGGGGCACCUGGCUGCUACCUGGGGGGAGCUGCUCCAGGUUUACCCCAGGUCGGAUCUGGGGUCCCCCCCCAGGCCGUUCCUGCGGCACCGAGCCCCAGCCCCGGCUCGGGGCCUUCUCUUCUGCCCCUUCGAGGACGUGCUCGGGGUCGGCCACGGGCUGGGCUUCAGCAGCCUCCUGGUGCCAGGCUCGGGGGAGCCAAAUUUGGACGCUCUGGAGAACAAUCCCUUCCGCAGCCGCCGCCAGCGCCAGGAGUGGGAGGUCAAAGCCCUGCUGGAAAAGAUUCCCUGGGAGCUGCUGACCGAUCCUUCUCUGCUCUCCCGCGUGGACGAGGCCGGGCUGGAGCAGAAACGGCGCGAGAGGAUCCAGCGCCUGGGAUUUGACCCCAAUUCCAAAGGGAAAUUCCGACCCCGGAAGCGCCGCAAGGGGAGGGACCCCGAGCUCCGCAAGCGCCAGGUGGCGCACGAGGAGCAGAGGGCCCGGAUCCGGCAGAGUUUGGAGCAGAAGGAAAAGGAAAAAAACGAGGAAGAACCCCCAAAAAAAAGAGGAAAAAAGGAAGGGGAAAAAACCCCAAAAAACGAGAAAAAAUUUGGGGGGAAACCCGCAAAAAAAAGGAAAAAAACUGGGAAGGGCCCCAAAAAAACGGGGAAAAAACUGGGGAAAACUCCCGAAAAAAUCAGGAAAAAGAGGUGGGAAAACCCCAAAAAAUCGGGAAAAAAAUUGGGGGGAAACUCCAAAAAAUGGGGGAAAAAACGGGAGGGAACCCCAAAAAGAAGAAGGGGAACCCUGCCCCAAAACUCGGGGGGAAAGCCCCGAAAUUUGGGGGUUCCCCCCCAAAAAAGGGGGCCCUGGAGAGGUUCAAGAAAUAAAAAUGGGGGUGGGGUGGGGUGGGGGAGGGGAGGGCAGCGAUUUUUGGGAUGUCCGGAGAGGCGCUGCCCCCCGACCAUGACGUCACGGGCAGUGGCGUCACAGCCUGAUGACGUCACCCCGAUGACGUCACGCCCCGAGUAA